AUGAGUAGAUAUAGAGGAGAUUUUUUGAGCAGGAUUGACAGAAGACCUCAAAUUAUAUCUUCAUUAUUAAGGUUUCUGCGAAGUGAUGAUGAAAUAAGUGAACCUCCAGAUGAUGUUUGUGGGGAAAGAACCACCUUUAGUGAACCACGAAACACUGUUGUUAGCCCCGAAUUUGACGUGACAGGUGAUUUGGAAAAUUUGAUCGAUGAGCUACCCGACGACAUUCUCAUUUCCAUUCUCUCCCGGUUGAGUUUGAAACAAGCUGCACAAAGCACCAUCUUGUCUCGUAGGUGGGUUAAACUAUGGACGCUCACCCGCAGAUUGGUUUUUGAAGACCCAAAAUUCAAUUCCAAAUCCCUUGAGGCCUUAAGGCAAAAUUUCAUUAGUCGGGUCAACAACACACUCCUAUCACAUCAGGGGAAUUUCAUUAGUUGGGUCAACAACACACUACUAUCACAUCAGGGGAUGACUUUGGACGAGUUCACCGUAUGUUUUGACCUCGACGCGGGAACUUGCGUGCCUGAUAUCGACAAGUGGAUCGUAUUUGCUCUUGAAAAGAGGGCACGAUGCCUUUGCUUGGGAUUUGAUUGUUUGUCAAGCAAAUACACCCUCACGACUCGGUUUCUUGCCUGUCAAGCCAUUUGUUUCCUUGAAGUUGUCCGCUUGAGCUCAUUGCAGGUGAGUGAGGAAGUCGUGGAGCACAUUCUAUCCGCUUGCCCCUUGCUUCGGCUGCUUAGAUUGGAGGAUUCAGAAUCCCUUGCGCGGCUUCGGCGGUCCGAGGCCAAAGGGAUCUAUUACAACGUCCCGAAUCUAGUGGAGGCUUCCGUUGGGGGAGAAUGUGCGGACUUUGUUGUUGACAGCAGCUGCCACUUUUCGGGCUUCCUCUCGCGAAUGGGGACGCUUGAUCUCAACUUGGAAUUCAAGGUUUCAUGGCCGUUUUGGCAUGAGGUAUAUAGGGACCGUGUGGAGGAGAUGGAGGCAGAACCAGAGCACGAGCAUCUCAAGGUAAUCGAGUUUGUUGGAUUUCAGGGAGGUGUUGUUGAAGUUGAGCUGCUGUUGUGUUUAAUGGGCAGAGCCGUUUCUCUCAAGAGCUUGAUAAUCCAUCCCUCAUUCGAGCAUCUUUUCCACGUAAAAAUGCGCUGCGAGAAAGCAACAGCUGUUGCAAAGCAGCUCAAAACAAGGUUGCCUCCGGGUGCAGAACUGGUGAUAAUCCAUCCUUGA